AUGUCUCAAGGUGGUGCUGAAGAGGCUCAAUGGCCACCAAGAUCUCCCAGAGAAGCGCUUUUAAGUACACCCAGCGGCCGCGAUCGACUGCGACGAUUUGCAACAGGAUUUUCCCCUACUGCAUCUCCUUCGAAACGACCACUCCCUGUGUCGCCAUUAUCACACGCUACCGGCAAAGAUCGAAUGAAAGCGGAUAUGUUUAUGGAAGAAAUGGGAGGUGAUGAUGACGAUGACGAGGAAAUCUUGCAAUUGAAACUUCAAGCAAUUGAAGCUCGACUCCGAUUAAAGAAGUUGCAGAAGAAGAGCAAGCAGAGUUCGGAUUCAGAGGGCGAGAAGAAUGAGAAAAUUGAGGAUCGCAGGCCUGCAUCGGUUCUCCUAAGAGCAAAUUCUGCGGCGACAAAUAGGGCUCCCUCAAGAUUGGCAGGAUUGAGGGAGAGGCAGUUACAAAGGCCAAAAUCGCGCGCCGAGAUUAAUGUUCCAGCAUCACCACCGCGCCGUGUUCAGCCUGCCGAGCUCCCACGUUCGCCCGGAAGGGUUUUACUUGGUAUAGAUAAAGGGUUGAAAGGAACCGAUGUUUCCUUGAAGAGAGCACCGAGUUUGAGGAAGAAUCUAGAGUCAGAAUUCAACAAUUCAAAGCGAACGGGGCCAUUCUUACAAAGAAGUCAAUCACAAACCGGAAACCGCGCACCUGCAUCGCAGAAUUCAAAUCUGGAGGAGAGACCUAAAUCUUUUAGCGAGAGAAUGGCUGCAAUCAGGGCUGCGGAUACCGAGCGACAGGAAAGAGCUGCUCGUAUCAAGAAAACCCGCAGCUCAGCAUUCGAUAUCGACCAAAAACAGAUGGAGUCGUUCAAAAAUAACGCAGUUGAAUUGCCUAGCCAUCCCGCCCCCACCAAAGAAUUCAGCCGAGAGGAAGUCUUGAAUUCCUACAAUAAAUCAAACGGAGAAUUGAGACGCCACAAAACUACGUCGAAUUUACUUUCAACAAUAAAGAACGGCAAGGAAACAUCCGGCAGGCCAGUUUCACGAGGCUUGCAAGGUUCCUUUGACAGUUCGGGGUGUUCAGAGUCGAAAAACAGCAACGAAAUAUACACCGGCUUGAGAAGAGGUUCACAGGAUUCCCAAGGUUCUUUUGAUACCUCGAGACGUUCAGCAUUGAAAAAAAGCAACGAAACAAACACGAAGCCGAGCUCUCAGAGUUCCCAAAGUUCAUUUGACUCUCUUCGCUCAGCAAUAAGGAAUGGCUCUGAAACAAAAUUCUUGACUAGGCCAAACUCACGUGAAAAGGGACCUGAUUCACAAAACAAAAAUAUGCAAACUUCCUUUGAUAAUCUGAAAAGAACGCGCUCAAAUAGCAAUCCGAGCAAAGCUGCAUCAGAAAAUUCCGAUGGAGAAGCUUCGCAAUUCGAACCAUACUCCUCAUCUCACCUCUCCAAACGAAUUAUUCCUCACCAAGUGCUUACCCGGACCCUUCAAGGGAAGAAAACUUUCGUCAUACCUGAUUUACUGAGAACAGUCAAAGCGCCUGACUUUGCGGGUCCAGAAAUCGAAGAAGAUGUAGUUGUAUUCGCAACUAUUGCCGCAAAAUCUGCACCACGUGCGCACCAGGACCAAGCUAAGAAUGGCGGCAAAUUCAUGAUCCUUAUUCUCACCGACCUCAAAUGGGAAAUUGAGCUUUUCCUUUUUAAAACAGCAUUUGAAAAGUUCUGGAAACUCACACCUGGAACUGUUAUCGCCCUUCUCAACCCUGGAUUUAUGCCUCCAGCUCGAGGAAAAACCGACACAGGCAAAUUUAGCCUCACGCUCAACUCAAGUGACGAUACUAUACUCGAAAUCGGCACAAACAGAGACCUAGGAUAUUGCAAGAGCGUCAAGAAAGACGGUAAAACUUGUGAUACAUGGGUCAAUAAACGACACACCGAAUUCUGCGACUUUCACGUAAAUCUUUCUCUUAUUAAGACCCAUGCAAACCGCAUGGAAGUUAAUACAAUGAGUUUUGGCCCCAAACGCAAUUAUGGAGGAGGGGGAACAGAACGGAAAUACAAAUCUCAGGGCACGACAGGCUAUAUGCAACGUCGAGAAGAACUUAAGAAGGAAGAAAAGACUAAAUAUGACAGAGAAAGUCAUAGCCAAAUCUACAUUGGCAAAAGAAGUGCUGUGAACUUACUGGACGAUGUCGAUUUCGAUCCGGAUGCUUUCCACAGGGGUAGCACAAAGGAAGACCGAAUGACUAGACAACUCCUAGCUCAAGAGAAGGAGAGAGAACUUGGCAGGAAAUUGGGAAUGAUGGGUGGAGGACUCGGUGCUGAUUACAUGAAGAAACGUAAUCUAGUACAACCUAACCCACAAGAUAUGCAGAACAGCAGAGACAGAGAACCAUCUCCACCUGAUGCUAAGAAGCUUGGCCUUAUUGGCACUAAGCCUUCUGUUCGAUUAAGUCCUAUUAGUAAGCGUAAGCGAGCCAAUACGAUUGGUGGGAUUAAAAAGAAAACUCGCUUCGUGACAGAAAAAGGAAUCAGAGAGGCAGGAAGAGAAAGUUUGGGCGGUGCUGAAUUAGAGAUUGAAUUAGAUUAA